AUGACGACCCUCACGAACCACCGCACCCGCACCAAGGUCGCAGACCUCCCCUCUCCCAUCCCCUCCGUGCCCCCUUUCCCCUCCGAAUCAACUGUCGACGUCGCCGCCGAAGCAUCCCGUUUCCUCACAGCCCUCUCCGAUGCCGUGACCAACGCCGACUGGCCCUCCUUCGCAGACCUCUUCAUCGAAGAGUCCUGGUGGAGGGACAGCCUGACCCUCACCUUCGACAAGCGCACCAUCAUCGGCCGCGCCGCCAUCCUCCGCGCCUGGGAAUCCCUCUCCUCGACCCGGUCCCCGUCCACCUUCUCCCCCGAACCCGAGCUCAAAGGCCUCAAGCCCGCCUUCGUCAGACUCUCCCCGACCCUCGCAACCCUCGAGGUCCCCUUCGCCUUCCACUGCGCCCACCCCGCAACCUCCUGCACCGGCCUCGCCAAGCUCGUCCCCAUCACCACCACCUCCUCCUCCACAACCUUCAAGAUCUGGGGCCUGACAACCCAAGUCCACGCCCUCCUCUCCCGCCCCUUCAACCCCCUCCCACGCUCCUCCUCCUCCCUCCUCCCGUCCUCCCAGCGCGGCCGCUCCUCCGCCCAGGGCCUGCCCUCCCUCCCCCCGUCCACCAUCCUCGACGCCGUCAUCGUCGGCGGCAGCUGCAACGGCAUCGCCAACGCCAUCCGCCUCGAGAGCGCCGGCGCAGAGUGCGUCGUCCUCGACACAGAGCCCCUCGCCGGCGGCAACUGGUCCUCCGCCCGCUACGCUUCCAUCCGCCUGCACCACCCCAAGUCCAUGAUCCAACUCCCCGACUACCCCGUCCCGUCCUCCCUCCCCGAGUUCCUCUCCGGGCCGCAACUAACAUCCUACUACCGCGCCGCCGUCGAGGACCUCCGCCUCCCCUUCUUCGGCGGCGUAACCGUCACCCGCAACACCUGGUCCCCCACCACCAACCUCUGGACCGUCCACCUCACCGACACCCUCACAUCUCACACCACCACCCUCCUCGCGCGCAACCUCAUCCUCUCAACCGGCUGGAUCCUCUCCCCGUCCAACCUCAAACUGCCCGCCAUGUCGCCCCCCGCACCACCCUCCUUCCCCGGCCCCGUCCUCCACUCCACGUCCUACCACACACCCGCCCCCUUCGCCUCCAAACGCGUCCUGGUAAUCGGCUCCGGCAACUCCGCGCACGACAUCGCCGCCGACCUCGCCCUCUCCCCCCUCGUCCCCUCCGUCUCCAUCCUCCAGCGCAGCCCCACCGUCCUCCUCGACAUGCCCGCCUUCCUCCCCCUCAUCACCGCGCGCUACACCUCCCUCCCCAACGCCCCCGAGUCCGCCGACUUCGCCGAGUCCGCCCUCCCCGUCGGCGUCGCCCGCACCCUCGCCCAAUCCGCCAUCCUUUCUAUCAUGGCCCAACACUCCUCCCGCACGGAGAAGUUCGAAGAGGCGGGCUACCUCGUCAACCGCUCCCCGUGCGUCGUCUCCACGCAGCUCGAGCAGCGCGGGCGCGCGUUCUACGUCGACCAGCCGGGGACCCUGCAGCUCGUGCUCGACGGCAAGAUCGCGAUCGAGCGCGGCGAGGCGCGCGGCUUCGCGGAGGGCGGGGUCGUCGUCGUGGACAGGGACACCGGGGCGGAGCGGGUGGUUGAGGCGGACGCGGUGGUGUUCGCGACGGGGUUCGGGGACGUUGAUGUGCCGAGCAUGUGGGCGGAGAGCGGGUUCGUGGACGAGGAGACGGCGGGGAGGAUUGAGAAUGUUGGGAGGAUUGGGGUGGAUGAGGAGGGGGAGUGGGUUGGGGUUACGACCUUCUCUGGACAUCCGAAUCUGUACUUUUCUGGGGUUGGACUCAUUUUCUGUCGAGGGAUUUCGAGGUUCACUGCUAUCCAGGUCCUGGCUGAUAUCGAGGGGGUGUUUCCGGAGAGGUAUGCUCGUUCAGUCAAGGAGUAG